ACGGCCUCUGUUUCGGUGUGUUUAUUUACUGUAUUCUUUGAUACUGAUAUAUUAGUACAUUUAAUUUGUGAAAUGAGUAGAAAAUGCAGAUUUCAGUUCAAAAUUCUCCUCUACUUUUACAAAUGCUGCUUGAAAUUAUCUGAAGUUAAAAGUGUCACCUAACAUUUGGAGUUUGCAUUUUUGGGUUUUUGGCUUCUAGGUUUAAUAUUAGCAACAUGGUGGCUUCAGUAAACUUUUAAAAAAAGUUUUCCUCUUCUACCCACACAAUCUUAUUUGAGUCCCUUAGUCAGUUAGCAAGCAUGUUUGGAACAGUCCCCAGUGCUUUGCAAGGGUUCAUGUUGCAGAGCAGUCACGUAUGGGUGUUUGUAGUUAUAAAUACUUGACCAUUCUCCAGGGGUGGGGUUGCCAACCCUUUAAACAACCCUGUUGCCUGUUAUCAAGCUGACUUUUGCUUGAAGUGCCAGAAUUGAUUGUGGUUAGGACAUCUUUCGCUGAGGAACAAAUAAAAUGGAACAUAAUGGGUCUGCUUCAAAUGCUGAUAAAAUCCACCAGAAUCGCUUGUCGAGUGUUACGGAAGAUGAAGACCAAGAUGCUGCUCUCACCAUUGUGACUGUGCUGGACAAAGUAGCCUCCAUUGUGGACAGCGUACAAGCAAGCCAGAAGAGAAUAGAAGAGAGACACAGGGAGAUGGAAAAUGCCAUAAAAUCUGUCCAGAUCGACCUGUUGAAGCUGUCACAGUCGCACAGUAAUACAGGCCACAUCAUUAACAAGUUGUUUGAGAAGACCCGAAAAGUCAGUGCUCACAUUAAAGAUGUGAAGGCCCGGGUGGAGAGACAAAAAGUUCACGUUAAAAAAGUUGAAGUCAAGCAAGAGGAAAUAAUGAAGAAAAACAAAUUCCGAGUGGUAAUAUUCCAGGAGAAGUUUCGGUGUCCAACAUCCUUGUCUAUUAAAGAGAGAAGUCUAACUGAGAACCAGGAGGAGGAGGACGAUGCCUUUGACUCCCCGAUAGAUCUCUCUUCCGAUGAAGAAUAUUAUGUUGAAGAAAGCAGAUCUGCCAGGUUUAGAAAGUCCGGCAAGGAGCGCAUUGAUAAUAUCAGAAAGGCAUUUUCUAAGGAAAACGUGCAGAAGACACGCCAGAAUUUUGAUCAGAAAGUGAACAGAAUUAGAACUAGAAUAGUGACCCCGGAGAGAAGGGAGAGGCUGAGGCAGUCAGGAGAGAGGCUGAGGCAGUCGGGGGAACGACUCAAGAAAUCGAUUUCGAAUGCAGCUCCUUCCAAGGAAGCCUUUAAGAUGCGUAGCCUUAGGAAAGCUAAGGACCAAAAUGUUGCUGAAGGUCAGGAGGGUGGCAGGGAGAUGGGGGUGGGCUUCAUUGCCAGGAGUGGGUCUCUGGGUCCCAUUGGUGAGCAUUACUCCGAUGAACUCAGCGAACCCGAACACGAGGCUGCCGGGGUGGGGUACCCUCACCGAGAAGGAGGGCAGACCUCCACCCCUGAGCCUUUGAAAGUCACUUUUAAACCUCAGGUGAAAGUAGAGGAUGACGAAUCUCUCUUGUUAGAUUUAAAGCAGUCAUCAUAAGGAGGAAUUAAGUAUGUCAUAAGUAUAAAUCUCCUCCCUCAUGCAGUUUAAGUUUGAAUAGCCUAGUCAUUUACAUUUCUGUGCCAUAUGGGGAAAGAGAAAUGGUAUGGCUGUUUCAUUUCUUACAUUUAAAAUCUCAAAGAUAAUAUAAAUAUUAUAUACAUUUCCUUGCAACUUCCUGGGGAAUUCUUUUUUUUUUCCCUCCCUGAGCAUAUGUGAUUCUAGCAGCUUUUUCUGUUACAUCACUCUUUCUCAAGGCAGCUGUGGAGUUUUAAGUUUUUUUCUCUUGCCCAUCAGCGAUGUAGUUUCUCCUAGGUCAACCGAUUAGGUGUUUGGCCAUCAGGAACAAAUAAAAGGCAAAUCUGUGGCCACAAUUUACAAGUGAACUCCAAAUAUUGGUUUGGAUCAAUGCUGUGGCCAACCUCAAGGGGGAAUAACGAAUGUGUGAACUAGAUCAUCCAGAUGUUCAAAUCAACAGAUGUGUUAGUAAGUUAGCUGUCAGACCCCUUUUAUGAUGCUUUUGCAUAAAACUGAAGUUCUGGACUUGAGCAUUAUUUGGCUUUCGCUUCGCUUACAGUGAGACACUGGGCAAGUCAUUUGCUUAUUCUCAUCGAUAAAAUGCAGAGACUUGUCCAGCCCAUCCCAGAGAACUGUUGUGAAGAUCAGAGGAAACAUUUUACAUUCUGGGGAAGAAAGAAGCACACCCAGAGAAAACAGGGCUCAGUAGUGCCUCAACACCGGUACUAAACUAUGACACCAUCCGAAAAAUCUCUGAGCACUGAUCACUGAGGUCCUAGGUUGGACAGAGCCUGAAGUUUGUCUUCAGAGCAUUUUCACAGAAUCAGCAGUGAAAAACAAAUGUUUUGGAGUUACUUUUUCAUCAAGGACUAAAACCAAACCUUGGGUUUUAAUUGGCUCUUAAGAUGUUCCCUGGCAAAUCUUUUCUAAUUUCCUUUUGAUUUAGAUCCCUGGUGGCCCAUAGCCACAUUUGAACAGCAUGAAGGGAAAACUGUGCCUGUGUUGUCAGGUGGCCUUUCUACAGCCAGCCUUGGUGCAGUGCAUUUGGAAAUGACCUCAAAUGUUUCUUUUUUCCAUAGUGAACCCUUCAGGGUGCAAUUAUCCAAAACAAUGUUCAUAGGAGUCCAUCACAGCUGCUGUGGGAGGAAGACAGAUUUCCACUUAUCUGUUAGCUUUACAUCUGUCCAGUCAGGAAGUAGAUGUUGCUAAAGAAAGGGAGAAAUGGUCAUAUUGGUUUGCUGAUUGUAAUGUAUUUAAAUCUUCUAGUUUUGGACUAGGGAAGAAAUGAUGGAAUUGUUGAAUUUGAAGAGUGUGAACAACAAUCAGCUGCCCCACUUCUUUCUCAUUUUCAGAUCAGUUUCGGAUAAUCAAUCAUGUAGUAUUUAAAAAUAAUAAGCGUACACAUACACACGCAGGCCCACACAAAUCAGCUUUCAAAUGUUGGACUGAAUUACCCAGAUGUGAGUUUGGGAGUUUAAUUCAGCAUCAUUUCCUCUUCACCCAGCACGAACACAUAAAAUUGCAAACUAUUCAUCUCGUUAUCUUAUAUUGAAAAUUAGGAUGUGUACAACAUUGAAUCACACUUUACAAAGAACUUUUUUUAGUAUGAGCUUGGAUGCCAAAAUCACAUAGAUGUGAGUAUAAAAAGACAAUAUUACAAAAUUUGAUGUCAGUGUCCUAUUUGUAAAUAUUUUUACUAAUAAUGAAUGCAAACCAUGACUAUAAAGAAGUUACAAACUUUUUCUUUUUUCUAGCCUUAUGUAGAAUAAAUAAUAAUUAGGCUAAAGUAGAAACAUUACUGUCAAGGAGUUUUUGUAAAGUCAGUUUGUUACUGACCCUUUUAUAUAAUCAGCCUUGACAUUUUAUGGAAACUUUCCUAUAAAAAUAUAUUUGCAUUUGAUGAGCAAGAAGUAAUAACCUGAUCCGUUUUUAACCUGGUUGACUUUGUGCAACCCCACAGACACUAAACUUAAUUUCCUGUCCCUGGAGGUUUAGGUACUGCUGCUUUCUUGGUACUAGUAGGACUUUCCCUCCAUGUGCCUUCUGUCUCUUGGCAGUUCUUCCCAUAUUUAGGACAUUCCUAAGUAUCACAUUCAUAAUUUCUAAUCUUUUCACCCUAUUUUCUCUUUCCCCCCCUUUUCCUUUCCCCAUUUCUCCCCUCCAUGCCUGCUACUAUGCUAGCUAGUUUUUCUACCUUUAGUAGAGAUGGGGUUUUGCUCUUGCUCAGGUUGGUCUUGAACUCCUGAGCUCAAGAGAUCCACCUGCCUUGGCCUCCCAGUGUGCUGGGAUUACAGGUGUGAGCCACCAUGCCUGGCCCUGUUUUCUUGAUGCAAUGGGUUGCAAAUAUAUGGGUUCACAUAUCCUGUUUAGUAAAGGGUAUUUUAGUCAAUUUCCUUCUUUUUGACGUUUUAGACAACACAGAACAGAUUAUUUUACUCCUCUGUGUUUUAGAAAUUUUGCGUAUCAGAUUUUAAACAAUUUAUUCAAAUGAAACCAUUAGCAGGAUGUAUCCCCUUUCUUCUGCUGUAACGCAGGACAGACAGUGCAACAUUUACAGACCCACCCUCAGGAUUUUCUACAGAACAGACAGAGAAGUGCAAGUCUGUCUCCUGCAUGUGGUGCUUUCCUCUGUGAGUGGGUGAUGCCCGAUUCUGGCUUAUGGGUUAGAGAAACAGGGCAAACGUGAAACAACAAUAAAGGGCGUGAAAAUUCAGCUUGUGCACUGUGUACUUGGGGUGUGUGUUUGAAUUCCCUGAAUAACUUUUCAUAAAAUAAAAAUAUAAACCAUUUGA